GGCUUCGUUAACUAGCGAAGAGUGUAAAAAGAUGUGGAAGAUGGAUGCAGUUAAAUUUUGACAAUUUUUGAAAAAAUCCCGAUAAUACGCUGCUUUGUGGACUUGUUGCAAUUGACCGCACGUUUUUCCCUCAGAUAUGAAUUUUGUUGUUAGACGCAUUAAAACGUAGGGAGCACCGAAAUGAUGCACAGAAGGGGUGGUAAGCGGAUCCGGAUGGACGAUCCGGUGCCGCCGGAGUACGAGACGCCGAUGACGCCUAUGACUCCGAUGAAUGACAAUUCCGGCGGAGACGCAAAUGACUCUUACAAUGCUUACACACCAUAUCAGGCGUCUCAGACGCCGCUGCACAAUCCCACUCCAGAACAUUAUUCUUCCGAGAGCUACAGUUCACCAGGCACAUCUCAACAGCAGUAUCAGGAGCAGGGCAAUUUUGAUAAUCAGACGCAGUUUGAAGCUCCUAUGACACCUGCCGCUUCCAACAUGAGGAUCACAAGAAACACACGUGCCAGGAUGCGUGGAGGUGUGGUGCAACAACCCAAGUACAAAGAGAUUGAUACAGAUUAUACUCCAUCGUCCAGCAGCAGAGGAAGAGGUGGGGGACGAGGACGUGGCAAAAGGGCACAUCAUUCGCACAGUUUGGAAGAUGAAGCUAGUCUUUACUAUGUUAUUAGGAAUAAUCGAUCUUCACUUACUACCAUUGUUGAUGACUGGAUAGAAAAAUACAAGAGUAACAGGGAAAAUGCGUUGCUUAUGCUCAUGCAAUUUUUCAUCAAUGCAAGUGGUUGCAAAGGCCGUAUCACUUCCGAGAUGCAACUGACUAUGGAACAUGUAGCAAUUAUUCGCAAAAUGACUGAAGAGUUUGAUGAAGAAAGUGGUGAAUAUCCAUUGAUAAUGACUGGACAACAAUGGAAGAAAUUUCGUGCAAAUUUCUGUGAAUUUGUUCAAAUUCUUGUUCGUCAAUGUCAAUAUUCUAUCAUCUAUGAUCAGUUUCUAAUGGAUAAUGUUAUCUCUUUGCUAACUGGACUCUCAGAUUCCCAAGUGAGAGCAUUUAGACAUACUGCAACUCUUGCAGCCAUGAAAUUAAUGACAGCUCUAGUAGAUGUUGCUUUGACUGUAUCUAUAAAUUUGGACAAUACACAGCGUCAAUACGAAGCGGAAAGACAAAAGGCCCGAGAAAAAAGAGCAGCGGACAGAUUAGAAUCCUUGAUGGCGAAACGAAAAGAGUUGGAAGAAAAUAUGGACGAAAUAAAAAAUAUGCUUACAUAUAUGUUCAAGUCUGUUUUCGUUCAUAGAUAUAGGGAUACUUUGCCAGAAAUACGCGCGAUUUGUAUGGCGGAAAUCGGAGUCUGGAUGAAGAAGUUUCAUCAAAAUUUCUUAGAUGAUUCAUAUUUGAAAUAUAUUGGUUGGACUUUGCAUGAUAAAGUCGGAGAAGUUAGACUCAAAUGUCUGCAAGCAUUGCAACCGCUAUACGCUUCGGAGGAACUAAAAACGAAACUUGAAUUGUUCACAAGCAAGUUUAAAGAUAGAAUUGUCGCGAUGACAUUGGAUAAAGAGUACGAUGUAGCGGUACAGGCUGUGAAGUUGGUUAUCUCCAUUUUAAAGCAUCACAGGGAAAUUCUCACUGAUAAAGACUGUGAACAUGUGUACGAACUUGUUUAUUCGUCGCAUCGCGCGGUUGCACAAGCAGCCGGGGAAUUUCUGAACGAACGUUUAUUCCGCCCGGAAAAUGAAGCCGUGGUGGAUGUUAAGACUCGACGCGGCAAGAAACGAUUACCAAAUACGCCUUUUAUACGUGAUCUUGUUCUAUUCUUCAUCGAAUCCGAAUUGCAUGAGCAUGGAGCAUACUUAGUUGACUCCCUGAUCGAAACUAAUCAAAUGAUGAAAGAUUGGGAGUGUAUGACAGAUCUCUUGCUGGAGGAGGCGGGUCCUGAUGAAGAAGCAUUGGAUAAUCAGAAGGAAACGUCCCUUAUCGAAUUAAUGGUAUGCUGUAUAAAACAAGCUGCUACGGGCGAAGCACCCGUCGGUCGCGGACCCACUCGAAAAAUUCUAUCAGUGAAAGAAAUUAAACAAGUUCACGAUGAUAAGCAAAAACUAACGGAACAUUUUAUUCAAACACUACCACUGUUACUUGACAAGUACAGAGCUGAUCCUGAAAAAUUGGCAAACUUGCUGGCAAUCCCACAAUAUUUUGAUUUGGAUAUUUAUACAAAAUCUAGACAGGAGAUAAACUUGGAUUCUUUAUUAAGUAAAAUCCAAGCGAUUGUUGAAAAAAUGCACGAUAACGACGUUUUAGAUACGGCGGCUAAAACUUUAGAACAUAUGUGUGUAGAAGGUCAUGCUAUUUUCACAAGAUGUAAUGUCGCUCGUUCUACUUUGAUUGAUUCCAUCGUAAAUAAAUAUAAAGAGGCGAUCGAUGAGUAUAGAAAUUUGAUUGAAGGCGAUGAGGAGCCAGAUGAAGAUGAAAUAUUUAAUGUUGUUCAAUCGCUCAAAAAAGUUUCUAUAUUUUAUUCUUGCCACAAUAUGAAUCCAUGGGGCAUAUGGGACUCGCUAUACAAAGACAUAGAGGAUGCAAAGGAUCCUGCAAAGAGUUUACCAUCAACUGCAGUUAAAUACUGUAUAAGCGCAUGCUUCUUUGCCAUUUUAUGGGGCCAAAAUCAUUUGAUGGAAGCUGUAGAUUCAGGCAGUCACGGUGAGGACGAAUGUCGGCAAUUGAAGGAACGAUUGCAUUCGUUUAUGGGUUCAAUGCGCCAUUUUGUCAACAGCGAUACGCCUUCACCGCCGAUCUUGAGGGAAGACGCGUAUAAUACUAUAUGUGACUUAUUAGUAAUAUUCUGCAAUCAACUCUCUACGCAUACUAAUCCUCUGAUGCAUCAAUUAGUAUAUGAACCUGAUCAAGCAAUGCAAAACAUGCUCAAUAGAUUUAUACAAGAGUACGUCUUCUUUGAAGAGGAAGAUGACGAACAUGAUGAACAUUCUAAAAUCGAGGAACUGCAUAAAAGAAGAAAUUUCUUAGCCGGCUACUGCAAAUUAAUUGUCUAUAAUAUGAUUCCCACAAAGGCUGCGGCUGAUGUAUUUAAACAUUACGUUAAAUAUUAUAAUGACUAUGGCGAUAUUAUUAAAACCACAUUAGGCAAAGCAAGAGACAUCAAUAAAACAAAUUGCGCGUUGACAAUGCAACAAAGCUUAAAUAUUUUGUACAACGAAAUAGUGGCUGAGAAAGGCAAAGUGAACAGAAAUAGUGAAGAAUUCACCGCAAUUAAGGAACUUGCGAAGCGAUUUGCCUUGUCCUUCGGCUUGGAUGCAGUGAAAAAUCGCGAAGCCAUUACCGCCUUGCAUCGUGCGGGUGUGUUGUUCGCCAUUACUCCACCAGACGGUAUCGAACAGGAUCCUACAGGUCCACCACCGAAUUUGCCAUUCCUCGAGAUAUUAUCAGAAUUCACGAAUAAGCUUCUUAAAUUGGAUAAACGUGUUGUACUCAAUUUUCUGGAUAGACGAUUACAAGCUGGAAUGCCAUCUUCACGAGGAGAAGAUUGGCAGCCUUUACUAUUAUACAGAAAUAGUUUACUACAUGGCGAAACUGAUCAAGUUCCAGUGACCAGUAAACGAGCUUACACGAGGCGCAAGAAGGAUCACUUGGCUGAGGAAGAGGAAGCUGAUGAACCUGAUGAAGGUUCUGAUCAUGAGUUUGCAGGCAAGCAAAAAAAAAAGCGUUCGCGGAAGAAUCAAUUGCCAGUUAAUAAAGUAGUGAUAACACGUGGACCUAGAACAAACACUUUUUAUGAGAAUAAUGACACUGUACAAAUGCAAACAUCUCCUUCUGCAAUCGUAGAGGAUACAGCGACGAGUCCUUUGCAAGAUCUCGAUAGCAGAUUUAAAGCAUUGCAAACACAAUCGUCACGACCACGAAGAAAUCAAGAGCAUGUGGAGCAUAGGGAGUUGCGAAGAACUUCUAGGAACUCGGGCAGAUAUGUCGAGGGGCAAUAUAUGGAAUCUGAUUCUGAGUAA